AUACUGCUUACGCGGCCGGCAUUGGCGAAGGAGUUCUUGCUAGAAACGCGUAAUGUUACUGCCAUCAAACAAGGCAAAAUUGCCAUCAUCCACAUCGAGCCUACGGACAUGUUGACCUAUGAUAUACUGCCACUCUGGCGAAAUGAACUGGGAUGUGGAGUAGACUUGGGAGCGGCCGGGCAGAGUCUCAUCAUCAUGACAACUCUGCCAACGAGAACUAUCUAUCAGCCUAACUCUUCCAUUUAUACGAACAAAAUAAACCUAGCUGCUGCUGCUGCGGCUGGAUUAGCAAUGCGUCUCACUCAACUAAACGUCAAGGCGGGCGGUGGCAAACUGGAGCCAACAAAAGGCCUGUUUGAACCAAUGAACAACCAGGACGUCUACGUGCCCAUCACCCCGGAGAUCACCUUCCACUUUGAGAACUACGGUACCAAUGAGAUCCGCGGUCUGUACGACAUGUUUAUUUUCUCUCUUAAUCUGGAGGUCUCAUGUGGCCGCCGGAAUGUCUCCCAGAUGACUUUUGACGAGAUAUUUCUUCUGACCGACGUGAUUCUUUGGCCACUGAUUGCGGUACAGCGUGUGGCCGACAAAGUUUGGCCUGGAGACAGCAACGGGCCUAGUCGAAAUCCCUGCCUAAUUUAUGACUGUGAAAUGGGUAGGUUGGACAAGCAUGCUCUCCUGGGCGAGUGCGUUGCUUUAUCGUUUUCUCAAACGCUCUCUUUUUCUGUGUUUUUGCAUGCAAUUUAG